UUUCAGGUUGGACGAUUCGGGCGGGCCUCGACCCCACGACCGACUGAUGUCUCCGCGUCUACACCAGCCGCUCUCCGUUCAUGUUGCAGCAGCAGCCCUGAGGUUGCCACGGGGAGCAGCUGGGGUCACUGGACAUGCCCGGCGGUCGCAGGGGUCCGAGUAGACAGCAGCUGAGCCGCUCGGCCCUGCCCUCACCACAGACUCUGGUGGGGAGCAGCUGCAGCAACGGUGCGGGGCUCAGGAACAGGAGCAGCACAUCUGUGGGUCUCUCUGCUCCACCACUCACUGCGCUGAUCAGCCCAGAACCCGUUCGCCAUGCACGCAUUCCUGAACUUCCCAUCGACAGCAGUGUGCUCUUUGAGUUUAUGCUCUUUUUGUACCUGCUGGUGGUGCUGUUUGUGCAGUACAUUAAUAUCUACAAAACUGUCUGGUGGUAUCCUUAUAGCCAUUCUGGUGCCUCUACCUCACUGAACUUUCAUCUAAUAGACUACCACCUGGUGAUCUUCAUUACUGUUAUGCUGGCCAGGAGGCUUGUGUGGACUAUUAUUUCAGAGGCGUUCCACACAAGCUCCAGCUCCCUGCUCCAGUACAUGAUUCUGAUCGCCGCCCGGCUGACCCUGCUUACAUUCUGCGGCUGGCUUCUGUGCUGGACUCUCGUGAACCUCUUCAGCAAACACUCAGUGCUGAACUUGUUGUUCUUGGGCUACCCGUUCGGCGUGUACGUGCCGCUGUGCUGUUUCCACCAGGAGGCUCGUGCUCAGGCCCCAGCAGCUGAUUGUGGAUGCCUGGAACAGGAUCCAGAUGGGCAAACUCUUCGUCCCAGGGACUUCCUGGCCCUGCUGCGGGAGAACCUGCGGGAGCAGCUGUCUAGCUCUGCCCCUGUCCCCACCCAUACCUGUCUGCUGUCACCUGAGCUCAUCCGGACUGAGGUGGAAGGGCUGAAGGCUGACUUCAACCGCCGCAUCAAGGAAGUGCUUUUUAACUCAUUGUUCAGCGCCUACUACGUGGCCUUCUUGCCUCUCUGCUUUGUUCAGAGCACGCAGUAUUACGACAUGCGCUGGUCAUGUGAGCAUCUCAUCAUGGUAUGGACCAACGCAUUUGUGAUGCUCAUGAGUCAGCUGCUGCCUCCCCAGUACUGCGACCUGCUGCACCGCUCAGCCGCUCACCUGGGCAAGUGGCAGAGGCUGGAGCAUGGUUCUUAUGGCAAUGCCCCACAGCAUCUUUGGUCGGACAGUACCAUCUGGCCCCAGGGGGUGCUGGUGAGACACAGCCGCUGCCUCUACAAGGCUGUCGGACCAUACAAUGUGGCACUGCCCUCUGAUGUCUCCCAUGCCCGCUUUUAUUUUUUGUUCCACAAGCCACUGCGCAUCUUGAACCUGCUGAUUGGGAUUGAGUGCAGUGUGGUUCUAUACCAGCUAUACUCACUGUUGCGGUCUGACCGCUGGAACCACACCCUGUCUCUGGGGCUUGUCCUAUUCUGCAGUUAUUAUGUGUUGUUCAAGCUGCUGAGAGAUCGCAUCGUGCUGGGCAAGGCAUACUCCUAUCCCCUGAGCAGCAGCAGCCUGGGCCUCAAGUCCCAGUGAGGCAGAGCAAGUGUGGAGCCUCCCCCCUAGGACUCAGAACUGGUGACCGUCAGUAAACUCAGAAUGUUAUUUUGAUACGGUUAUAUUUUUCAUGCAAUGUUUGUUUUAUAUAUGUAUAUACAAACAAACAAUUAUAUUUAAAAAAAAAAAACAAAAACAAACCAAAUAGAUCUUUUAUAUUUUGUAUAAAGUUCCACUUCUUGACAAGAGGAAGGCUUAAAGCUGCCAUGUAAUGUUAUUCUUGAUGUGUGUACAUGAGAGUGGUGGUGGACCGGCUGCUCUAGUAUAGACCUUUCCUGGGUGCUGAAAGUGCUAGCAAUGUCACACUAAAACAGCCUAUCACAGGGAAAAUGCUGCAUGAGACAGCCUGGAGAGGAAGUUUGGGCUUCCUCACUGUUUUGCAUAGAUGUCUUCAUUUUAUAUUCUUCAGUCAUGGCGGGAUCCUUGCCAUCAGCAUCUGUGUUCAGAACCUGAACAAUAGUAAAGUCAUGCUGCUCUGUUUUAUUUCCCCAUUGCCAAAAUCCCAGAAUUCAGCCUGACAAGCUACAGAGAGAGAGAUGUUUUGAGGGAAGAUAUAGCUGUAUUCCUCCGCCGUGACUCAACACGCAGUAUCUCAGAUAGGUUUUACACACCGGCAAUGUGACAGAAUAAAGACACCUAAAAUUAAGUCCCCUAGUCAUGGCCACGUGAAAUAUAAUCAAGUGUGUGUGUGUACUUCCGUCUACAAACAUUUAGGAGAGCCACACCAAAGUUGAAUUAUCAUUCAUUUGAAUAUUCAUUCAAAUCUUGCAUUCAGAUUUUGAGUUAUAACUCAUAGCUGCCACAAAAUCAUUGUACUUGUUUCAUUUCUCAUUUCAAAGCACAGAUGUCAUAUUUAAAUUUAGGUAUGUUAAUUUUAAUAAAAGUACAAUUCAGCACCAAAAACUUCAGGAUCAUACAUAUAA